AUGCGAGUCAUUGCGACACUCUCAGAUCCCCUCUUCCGGCCAUCUUCCGGGGUCCAUGGCGGACAUUCUCUACGACCACCGCCGUUCGCGCUCUAUCCACUGAAGUCCCUACACAACCAGUCCCGCGGCGGCCUUCCUCGCUUCCAUUCCCCGUCUCUUCCUUCUUCCAAGGGAAGCAUUGUCCAGGUGCAGGGCGAUGAGUUCUGGCACAUGACCAAGGUCCUUCGUCUGCGUGUUGGUGAUAGAGUGGAGCUGUUUGAUGGAGCAGGAGGUCUUGUUGAAGGUUGCAUACACAAUGUGCAUAGGAGUUGGUUGGAUGUUAUCUCGGUUGAGGACACAAAAAUUGUUCCUUUGAAGGGAGUUCAAUGGCAUGUAUAUGCAGCUUUUGGUACUUUGAAAGGUGGCCGAGCUGAUUGGCUUGUGGAGAAGUGUACUGAACUGGGAGCUAGCAGUGUAACGCCUCUGUUGACUGAGCGAUCUCCUUCAAUUUCAGAAAAUAGGGUAGACAGGUUGGAAAGAGUUGUUCUAGCUGCUGUCAAACAAUGUCAAAGAUUACAUGAGAUGGUGUUGAACCCUCCUAUGACAUUUAAGAGCUUUUUGCCUAUUGUUGCUCAAUCAGAAUUCUCAUUUUUGGCGGCAGCAGAAGCUGCUCCUGUUAUGAAGGUCCUAUCUUUGUCUAAUGUGGAGGCUGUUGGACUAAUGGUUGUUGGACCUGAAGGAGACUUCACUGAGGAGGAGGUGAACCUGAUGAAAGGAGCAGGCGCUAAACCUGUUGGGCUUGGCCCUUGCAGACUGCGGGUGGAAACGGCAACUAUCGCCCUCCUGUCAACGCUAAUGCUCUGGUCUGAUGCCCAUAAUAAACAUGCUACUGAAGGAAAUUUGGAUCUAGGAAAAUGCACAAGAUGACAAGAAAACAAAUUUACUUUCAGGAUAAAUGCUCAAAAUUAAGUCCUCAAGAGAAAGGACAUUAGCCAUGCCUUCCUAUUAUGCAAAACCAGCCUGCCAGGGAGCCAAAAACACAAUCUCUAGUGGAUGGUGAGUGCAAACUGCAAAGCAAGCAGUGGUAAACAGUAAGCACAUCACAUGCGUUGGCCCCCAGUAAUAAUCAAUUGUCCAUACCUUCGCCGAUGAUGGCGCAACCCACUACUAUAAAUUCCCCAUUCCUGACAUCCACAAAGGCAGCAAGCAAGAUUCCAUACUACAAAAAAAGAAAGGUGGAGUAUCAGUUAUCAAAUAGGUAUACUGUUUGAAAGAGAGAGGUGAAAACA